GCAUUAAAAGGAAAUCAGCAAUACAAUCAAACAUCGACUUCGUGAAAGCAUGCCAGCGUGCUUUGAAACGCAAUAGCGAAAUAAGUGAAUUCGAAGCAGUUGGGAUUAAUGUUGCGAAAAAGUUGGAGAAAAUGGAUGCUUCUCAAGCGAUGUGUGCUGAAGAUUUAAUUCAUCGUAUAUUAUGGAAGGGUUUAUUAAAGAAACUGACUGAAAAUACAAGUAUUGAAACAGAACGGCCGAAACGGGCGGGUGAUAAGACAUGCCGCAACGAAACCACAUCCUCUGACGAAGAGUCGAAUAAGCGGAUCAAGGUUAACCCCGGAAAUGUCGCUGGAGACACAGAAGAAUUGUGGCAUAAUUUGGAGGAAAACGCCGCGCCAUUAAAUACAUAUACAUGUGAUGAGAAUGCGGAACAACAUUCUUUUAGGACGCAGCCAGAUGCUAGUUCGGAACCUAUGAAUUCAGAUUAUCGGGACCUAUACCAGAAGAUGGAAAACCUGGAAGCAAUAUCGAUAAAAAAUAAUAUGCUGCUGGAAAAAAUAUUUAAGCAAUUACAGCAGCAGCGUGGAAUUCCUUCCAAACCAACAAUAUUACCGAUAUGUACAGUGGAUGGAAUGACUGAGUUUAACAAUAUUGAUGAAGAUACUUACAAAGACGUUGUAAACUAUUUUGAAUUUGUUGGCGGCUUUAGUUUGAAGGAAGCCGUCAAUUUAUGCUUCAAAGAGGCCAUCGAUGACCAGUUAACAAUGUCAUACUCGUGGUUGGGCCGCGAGGAAGGAAAUAAAGCUUUAUGCGAGACUCGAAUUGUUCGAGCUAUUCAUGAUGCUGUACUUCAUAAUCGGCACUUCACAAGACCCUCAAAAAAGGAGGUCGCUGUUAUUUUGAAAAUGGCACUUCGCACCUCUAAGGAGAGGGUACGAAGCAGAAGAGCCUCACGAAAUCAAUCAAAAGGGGGACAUUUUCGGACUGCAGAGGAAGAAAGGGAAAGAAAAAUGCAAUUAAAACAGGAAGAAUUUGCGGAUCAAGAAGGCAGGGGUAUACGAGAAGAAUUUGAUGAAGAGGGGUUUUAGUGGGUAACCCUAAGGAUUUGUUCCCUAAUGGAGUCCCACACUACCUCCGUAACAUGGAGGUGUGCAUAAAGCAUUUCCUCUGGGGAAAAAACAAGAUGUUGACGUAUAUUGUAAAUAUAUAUUACAAUAGAUACAAUAAAUAUUUAUCACUAAAAUA